AUGGCUCCCGUGCAGUCAAGACUGCUUGUGGCCGUUGUUGCGGCAGCUGCCGUUGCUGCUAUGGCAGUAGCCAUGGCCGCAUUGAAGAAGAAACGACGACGACGACGCCGAUAUUGGACACGGCCAUGGAUCCUUCGAAGAGCAUCCAAAGGGGCAUAUGCCAUGCUAAACGAGGAGCUCAGGCUGGAAGACCCCGCUUCUUACAAAAACUAUCUGCGUAUGGAUGAAGAGAUAUUUGCUGAUCUCGUUGAUAGAGUCACUCCAUACGUUUAUAGGUCAGACACCAAUAUGCGCCAGGCAAUCACUCCUGCCGAACGUUUAGCGGUGACGUUGCGUUUCUUGGCAACUGGAGAAACAUUCCAAAGUCUAGAGUUCUCAACAAGGAUUAGCGCCUGCACGAUAGGUAGAAUUGUUCCAGAGAUGUGCGAUGCCCUCUACACGGUUUUGAAAGGCGAUUUCAUAAAGAUGCCAGCGAACGCACAAGAGUGGCUUCAGGUUUCUAGAGAUUUUGAGUACAGAUGGAAUCUAUCCCACUGUCUUGGAGCUAUCGACGGCAAACAUGUGACUUUUCGCCCACCUCUGAAGUGUGGAUCGUACUUUUUCAACUACAAGAAUACCCAUAGUUUGAUUCUAUUCGCUUUGGUUGAUGCAGACUAUAAAUUUCUUAUGAUUGACGCAGGGACAAAUGGCCGUGUGGGAGAUGGGGGUGUUUUUGCUAAAAGUGACCUAAACAAGGCUAUAGUAGACGGAAGUAUAGAUUUUCCAGAUGCUGAACCCCUGAAAUAUUGUACCGCCCCAAUUCCUUAUUUUUUGGUAGGAGACGAUGCAUUCCCUCUGCAUACUUACAUGAUGAAACCGUACCCGUUCCGAAACCUUGAUAUUGACCACAGAAUUUUUAACUACAGGCUGAGCAGGGCGAGACGCGUUGUUGAGAAUGCGUUUGGGAUUCUGGCAAAUCGCUUCAGAGUCCUUCUUGCACCGAUGUUAUUAUCACCCGAUAAGGUAGAGAGAGUAAUCCUUGCUACAUGCGCCCUUCACAACUAUCUCCGCACGAGGAGCCCUGCUCGGUACUUCCCUCCUAGUUCCAUGGAUAGAGAAGACACGAGCAGAGGCCAGGUAACAGAUGGUGAUUGGAGAGAGGUGAGAAAGUCGGAAGUAGCAUAUGAACGCAUCUCAUCUCAAGCUGGCAACAGGUCUACAAAUGCGGCUCAGGCUCAGAGAGACUACCUUUGCUCCUAUGUCAAUAAUAUUGGUCGAGUAUCGUGGCAAGGUAAAUUUGCAGCGUAG